GCUCGCGGAGGUCCACCGCACCGUGGAGCACUUACGACAGUUUAUGCUGAAAGUUAUCAAAUCUCUUCCGCAGCACUUCCCUGGGAUAACCCUGCCCGACGGCAGCUUGAAAUUGAACUUCGCUUCGAACCAGCAUGCAUCAAGCGCAAUGAGUACCAAUAUGGUACCCGGUGGUGGUGAUCUUUAUCCUGAGUAAAAACGUCCCCACACCAGAGUCAAGAUGGGGAUUUUGCAACACAAACCUAAGAGCCUUGGACGUCACGCAUGACAAGUUGCGUUCCAUAGUGUAGCGCAGGUUAGCAAGUGCAGCCGCAUCACAGAUUCAUCUGCUCAUCCUGUUCACAGCAUCACAAAUUCCAAAACACGGUUGGAAAUGGCUACCAUGGGUAUGCCCAUCACAAAUGUCCUCGUCAAUGCAAAUCUGCAUGACAACUCUGGGGUGGGGACGUUUUUCCUUCUGAUAAUCUUCACCACGCCCUUACCGGCGGUUCUUCUCAACAUGCCGCAACUUCCACCCAGCAACCCUUUGCCUCCGACGCGGAGCUGCUGAAAUGCUACCGGGUCCUGCACGCAACGGUGGAAGACUUCUUGCGAACUAAAGUGCUCGGAGCCGCAGCUGCCAGCAACGGUGUCAAUGGUCCCCCACCUUCUAGUUCUUCGGGAGAACAGCUACAUCAAGACGCCAAUCGGGUGCCGCGGAUCAUGUACGCGAAGGCCCGCGCGUACCAUGAACAGCUGAAGCUGUUGAACGAUAAGGACUUUUUGCGGCACAACGUGCGGACCGGCAGUGGCGCUGGCGGCACCAAUUACUCCAUGUCUGCUGGCAUCGCUGGCGGUGGCAACAUGAUGGCACAACACCUUCACGAAGGAGCCGGUGGGGCACUGGGUGGUGGUGGUGGUGGGGGAAAAAACGCGAGCGCUGGAGGUGGAGGGUCGCAUCAACAUCAAAGUAACGCUAGUGCAAGCAAUAACGCGAGUAGCCAGCGCAAUGAACGCGAGGACGUUGAGGCAGAUGCAGACUUUCUCACGCAGGACAGGGAAGCCAGGAAGAGGGCUGGGAGACAGAUAGUGGACCAAAUGACGCAGAUGAGUCACAAUCGUAUUUAUUUUUUGCUUCGGACGUUUUUUAGGAAGCUCUUAAGUUGUUUAUCUUCUAACUAUGAGUACAACUAAGAGUAUGAUUUAUUACCGCAUAGCAGGCAGCGUCUUGAGUGAUGUAUCUGCGAGAUACAUUCAAUGCGCUGCCGCUCCUGCUCGCCAACGAGGUUGCACACCAGGGCAUCAGCAUUCAAAGAUUCUGUCACUGCAAGGAGAGCAAAUGAACGCGAAGGGAAACCCGAACCACCACGCACGUACCGCAUACUUAAAGAUCAGAAACGCAAAAAAAGGUACCCGGCGGCGCACCAUCCGCGAUGGGGGCGGUGCAGGAGAGGGUGGCACUUCUUCGGGCGCUGGGGGCGCGAGUGCAAGCGGUACCAGCAACAUGAAGCGACUGCAGACCAUGCCUACAAAUCACCUCGGGACAACAGGCGGAGCAGGAACAACAGCCCCGCCAAGCGGUGGAGGCGAACCUGGCACAGAUUCCUCUUCGACAAUGCAGAACGGCGACGGAUAUGUACAAAGCAGCUCCCUUGGCGCACCAAAUUCAGCGUCGCGGCGAACCGCAGCCGGCGGUGGCGCCGCCGCGACCGGUAGCCGUCCGAGCCGGAAGACGGUCACGAAUCUGGCUUCCUCAGCAGGAGGAACAAACGCCGUCGGAAGCAGCAGCAGACCUGCAGGUCCCGGUGGGGGUACUUCUACUAGUGCAGCUGGAGGGGGGCCGCAGUUUCAAUUGUCAACGAGCUUGCGAGCAGGAGGCGGUGGCCUGGGAACUACAGCGGGCUCGUCUUCGUCAACGCGCGGAGGAGGGGGUGUAACCAUCGGACCCGGAGCUGUAUCCUGUGCAAAAACGUAUGUACUUACCGCAAAGGCAUCGUGAUCUGGUAUGUUGUGGCGCGACCGGUAUCGCAUGAAGAGAGGCGUUUAUUCAUUGUAGUUGCGUAUCUAUAGAGUCUAAGCUCCGCACGGUGGGGCACUACAAGUACUACAGGUGGGUCGUACGUUUUCACAUAUGUUGAUAAACUAACUUACUUCACCCUCACCACUCGAGCCUCGGACCUGGAGGCAGCGCAUCCUCGGCGGGCGGCACCAACCGCCUCAUAAGUGGCGCAGGUGCUGCUGGGAGCAACGCAACAUCGAGCAGAGGUGGAGGUAAAAGCCAAAAACAUCCUUCCAGAAAGUCGAAUUAUCGCGAAGAGGUGGUGAGAAGAGACGUGGCGAAAUACUUGCUCGAUUCCUCGUGUUCGCUGCAGCCGCUCAGCACCAUGACAAUGGACCACGGGAAGAAAGCACGCGCCGGGGGAGCAGCUGCGUCGCAUGCUUCGCACCACCACAUGAUGGGUGGUGGGGGAGCGGGAGCAGGAGGCACAGCCGCUGCCCUCCUGGCAGGGCAAUUGCAGUCAUCUGGAGCCUCGAACGGUGGCGGACUCCUUGGAGGAGCUGUUGGUGCAACACCUUCUUCUGCCACAACCAGCAAUGGCACCAAUGCUAAACCGAACGCCGGUGGCUUGGGAGCUUGGUUGAACCGGGUCGCGACUACUACGACCCCCGGUGAUAUGACGGAUGUGCAGCAGCAACAACCUGGAGCACCGGUCCUGCCAACAGCAGUGCCAGUGGCAACGCAUAGUACCGGUGCUGGCAACAGCAGUGGCAACUCAGGGGUCCUCAACAGCGGGGGUGUAGUGAAGAAGGCCAGUAGUAUUUCGCCGAACAAAACAAGAAGACCCCUGGUGAUGUCCUCCAAAGCGAAGUAGUUUUGACUGCAAUUAAGUACCGUACAGGGAUUUGACGAGUGGUGGUGGAACGGUGACCAGUAUACCGUGGUCGACGGAAAGGUGAACAAAAGUUUCAAUUUUUUUCAGUUCCGACAUCCUGAUCCUAUUAGAUCACAAAGUGAAAAUCUUCCACAGAAGGUUACAGAGUCAAAGACAACGUCAGAAUGUUGGUAUUAAUAAAUACACCUACUGGAGGCUCGACGCCACCGCAGUAGUAAGUUGUAGUUCGUGUUUCAGUUUCGUACUACAGUGUAGUUGUUUCGUUUUUGUCAAAACUAAAUACAGAAGUAGAAACUUCUCUUGAAAAACAGGCUGCAAAAGCUUGAUACUCGUGAAGUGAAUGAGGUAAGCAGAACGAAAGUGAUACAAACAAUAUUUUCAAAAACAUGAAACACAUAUGUGAUUUCAGAUAGAAAAAUCCAAAAGCACUACGACACCUUGCGAAUUUCUCCGCGACGACAAAUAAUAUCAACUUCGCAGUCACAAUCUCGUGAAAGCAUACGUUUCGCUAGCCAGUAACUGCACGGGAGGAAAGGGCAUUGGCAUAAGAACGGAGGACAGCACGCCGAGAGACGUACUGAUUUCCGGAUGUGCGCCUUGAGUCCGCCGAGGAAGAGGAAGAUGAGCCUGCCUCGCAAUUCAUGGUCGUGUGCCGCAGCCGCCCUGUCCCGCGACAUCAAAAGGAAAAACUGCUACCGUAUCGAUCAACAACUACGACGAGAAACCAUUGCUCAAAACUGUGUUUCCCUAUGAUAUGCUCG